AUGUACCACUGUAGGGCUUCGUGGCGCGCUAUCGUUGCUGCGAGGACGAUAAUCAAGCGAUCGGACCAGCGAGCACGAUGGACUUCAGCAUGUGCUGCUACAGGAACUUUCGUCACAGAGGACGAUUGCUGUAACACCGAGGCAUCGUCAGGUUAUUGGCGCUCCGUCCAUGAGGUGUGCUACCCGAACACAAAAGUUGACUACUCAAACAUUAUGAUGGAGGUGCGAUUCGCUGAAGGAGUUCGUGUCGUGAAUCUGAACGAAAAUCGUGUUUGGGAUUACGAAUGUCGUAAUGGUGUGAAUCGAACACAGUACGCUUACUUACCGUAA